AUGGUUGUGCAUGGUGAGAACGUCACCGUGCUGGUCAAUGGCGAGGAAGUGGACCACUGGAACCUCACUGGACUCGGGUACAGCUACCAGGACGUGAGCAGCUGCAGACAUUCGGGUGUCUUAAAUCAACCUGGCACCGUAACUUGUGACGCAAAAGGCACCUUCAUAAACUGCAGUGAAAGAGCCGUCCUUCGAGCCAUUCCUCAACAAAACGACCUGUGUGUGAAUAGUGCCAUGUGUACCGUGACUGCCUCCACCGUCAUUGAUCACCAUGGCAACACUACCUCAGUGGAGGAUCGAUGUGCCUACACUUUGUUGUCAGAGUCAAGCGUACGGCUGGUGGGCGUCUUUCAGGAACGACGUCGUAAAGAUGUGAUGUUUUUGGACCGUGUCAUCAUCCAUCUGGAUGAUCCAGAUAUUGACAUCCACCUGGGACAAGGUGGGAGGGUUCAGGCCAACAGCACACAGCUGAACCUCGGCGAUUCCCCUGAGGAGCAUCACAGUGUGGACUUUCUGAAGGAUGAAACUGGAGUGACCGCCAAUGUGUCCCACUCCAACUCCUCCACUUUGGUCUUCUUUGAUGGAUACACGGUUCACAUCCACACCACACAUUCAUGGAUGUUGAAAGCUGACAGGAAGUUGCAAGGUUUAUGUGGAAACCACAGCCAGUCUUUGAUUGACACAAAGGACUUGGAGUUCAGUUCUUUUAGUUGUGAGACGCGGUUCAACGACACUGUCGACAGCAGCAUCAACUGCACCACAGUCAAUGAACGCUGUGAACUUCUGAGAGGAUGGCACUUUGCCGGCUGCCAUGCUUACGUCGAUCCAGAGCCCUUCAUCACCGCCUGCAACAACACUCUGUGCCAAUACCCCGAUGUGGAUGGUCUUAUGUGCCAGUUUCUAGAGGCCUACACCAAAGCCUGCAGUCUGGAGAACCAAGCUGUGGAUGGCUGGAGGGCAACGGCCAACUGUUCAACCACUCGGGCCUUCUGCAAUGACACCCUCUGUGCGGACCAUGAGUUCUGUGCUGAAGGUCUCAGUGGUGACAUCAGAUGCUUCUGUCGGGCCAUUUUUGUUUCUGACUACAGAUCCAACAACUCUUUAGGUCAACCGGUGGUCUGCAGUGCAAAUUCUGCUUCAAUCAGUCUACUCGGUUGUCUCUUGGAGGAAAUCGAUCUCGACUAUUCUGACUUACACCUCAAUGACGACUCCUGCAGAGGUGACAGAGACACGAACCACAUGGUGACCUUCCGAUUCAACCAGAGCAGCGCCUGUGGGGCUGAAGUCACGGCCAACAACAGCCACGUGGUUUAUAAGAACAACCUCACCGCAGAAGGAGUCACCAGCAAAGUCAUUGAUCGUUUCGAUCAGUUUGAAACUUUUGACUUCUCCUGCUUCAGCGGCCAACCUGCCAUCCAGAGCAUGGCCUUCAAGAUCAGAGCCAACUCUGUGGACCAGCAGAUUGUAUCUGAGUCUUGGAACUACAACGUCAAGAUGACAGCCUACACUGAUGCUGACCACAGACACGCCCUAAAGCCGGACACUGAAAUCCAGACGAACCAGAUUGUCUUUGUGGAGCUGACGGUUUACGGCCUGUUUGACAACCUGGUCGACUUGGUGACUGACUCCUGCUGGGCGACGCCCAAGUCGUCGCCUGCUGGAGCUCUGAGAUACAACAUGAUCACGAACGGAUGUUCAAACACCGAUGAGACGGUGAAGGUGCAGGUCAAUGGGAAGGGAAUAUCCACCCACUUCUCCUUCCACAUGUUCCACUUCUCCGGCCAAGGUCAUGGCAUCUACCUGCACUGCAAGCUCCAUCUGUGUGCCAGUCGCAAUGUCACCUGUGGCCCGAGUUGUGGUGGCCCUGCUAAGAGAAGAAGACGCAGGUCUUCCAGAUCGACAUCUGCUGAUGAAAGCCCUGCCCUCAUCAGCCUGUCCUGGACCAAUUAGGAACAACACACCUCUGCUGCUGACAUGUGACCAAUGAGGUCUGAUCACCUGAUAGUUCUGCUUGUUUUCACAGCGUCUUUGCAUGGUGACUCGGACUGACCAAUGCUGGCGGAUAUUGCUCGGAUUCAGAAGCUUCAUCUUUGAAUCAGACUAGCUUUGACGGGAACUUGUCGGACCAGGGUAGAGUUCUUAAAGGUUUUUC